AUGAGUCACAGUGUACCGGAUCCGGUCUGUUUUGCUAGCCAGGUGGUGCAGCUACACUGGGCGAGUAAAUCUCCCAUGGGUGUGUUUGGAUUUCACCUCAAAACAUGCCAAGGCAAUCUUCCUCAGCAAACGGCAUGGAAUUCAAGCUGGAUCGAUUAUUUUGCCCAGCUAAUCAAAGGGGCGAUGGCGCCCAACAAAGAACGCAAUGGUGACUGGAAAGAUCUGGAGCAGCUCAUCGACAGACUCAUCACGCAUGUAGUCCCUCAAGUCCUCGGGCCACUGGAGGCUAAUGGACAAACAGUGAAACCGACUCUUAUUCAUGGGAACUUGUGGGAUGAAAACAUCGGGAUCAGUCUUGAAAAUGGACGUAUCUAUGCUUUCGAUGCAUGUUCUCACUAUGCACACCAUGAAAUGGAAAUUGCUAUAUGGCGUACAAAAUCCUGCAAAAUUCUGAGAGAUAAAAAGUAUCUUGACUCUUAUCUCAGUUUGAUGGGCAUCAGUGAGCCUGUGGAGCAGUUUGAGGAUCGUAACCGCAUUUAUACUUGUUACUUGGCUUUGCAUGCAUCCGCCUGUCAUCAUGGCUCUUACUUUCGGGAAGAUUCCUACGAGCAUCUGACAUACCUCAUCAAAAAAUAUGCCCCCCUUCCAGAACAAGCUGACUAG